AUGGCCUUGAGGAACCACAGCACCAUCACCGAGUUCCUCCUCCUUAGGCUGUCUGCCGACCCCAACAUCCAGGCUCUGCUCUUUGUGCUGUUCCUGGGGAUUUACCUCCUGACCAUAAUGGGGAACCUGAUGCUGUUGCUGGUGAUCACGGCUGAUUCUUGUCUCCAUACACCCAUGUAUUUCUUCCUGAGUCACCUCUCUUUUGUUGAUCUCUGCUUCUCUUCAGUCAUUGUGCUCAAGAUGCUGGAGAACCUCCUGUCACAGAGGAAAACCGUUUCAGUAGAGGGCUGCCUGGCUCAGGUCUUCUUUGUGUUUGUCACUGCAGGGACUGAAGCCUGCCUUCUCUCAGGGAUGGCCUAUGACCGCUAUGCUGCCAUCUGCCGCCCACUGCUUUAUGGACAGAUCAUGGGUAAACAGCUGUAUAUGCACCUUGUGUGGGGCUCAUGGGGACUGGGCUUUCUGGGUGCACUCAUCAAUGUCCUUCUAGCAGUAAACAUGGUCUUUUGUGAAGCCAAAAUCAUUCACCACUACAGCUGUGAGAUGCCAUCCCUCCUCCCUCUGUCCUGCUCUGAUAUCUCCAGAAACCUCAUCGCCUUGCUCUGCUCCACUCUCCUACAUGGGCUGGGAACCUUCCUUUUGGUCUUCUUAUCCUACACCCGUAUAAUAUCUACCAUCCUAGGCAUCAGCUCUACCUUGGGCAGAAGUAAGGCCUUCUCCACCUGCUCUGCCCACCUCACUGCAGUGACACUUUACUAUGGCUCAGGUUUGCUCCGCCAUCUCAUGCCAAACUCAGGUUCCCCCAUAGAGUUGAUCUUCUCUGUGCAGUAUACUGUAGUCACUCCCAUGCUGAAUCCCCUCAUCUAUAGCCUGAAAAAUAAGGAAGUAAAGGUAGCUCUGAAAAGAACUUUGGAAAAAUAUUUGCAGUAUACCAGACGUUGA